AUGCGACUAACUGUCCCUCCGAGAUCAACUUCACUUUCAGCAUUAUUCAUCCUUCCUCUCCCUCUUGCUGUUCUGGUUGUAGCAUACUUGAUAGCUGUUAGUAGGAGACCUGCGAUACCUGAAGCAGCCCAGAUUGAAAAUCCUCAUCAAUGGGGGUUUCCCAAAUGGUACGGCCAUCAUGCAACCCCUUAUGAUUACAGAGUAGCAUCAACAGGUCAAGAAGAGGAGGUAUGCGACCAUCCGAAGAACGUGGUACUAUUCAUAGAGUUAACAGAUGAUUCACCACAUACACCGACGGCUCUCACACUCUUAUCCUCACUUUCCACUUCCAACCGUUUCAAGGUUACACCGAUAUCGACGUUUUCACCAAAUUGGGAUCCCGAUGUUUCAGGCAAAGAAAACUUAAGGCGUGUAGGAGGUGAAGACGCAGACUGGAUCUGGAGAGUAGGCGAUCAUAGCAGAAUAGAUGACCUAGGAUGCGACCAAGCUGUUUGGGUGGAAGAGGAAAUGGCCACGCCUGGAAGAGCGAAUCUCACUCUCCUCUCGCAACCUCAUCAUUUGCUUGCACCGGAGACAUCGCAUAGCAUUCUCAAGGCGUCUUUCAACGACGGUUGGGAAUUGGGGUUAUUCACACAUGUUCUGCCAGCUGUGAGUGCUGAGCCGGAUCUGAAGAUCCAAUUUCGGCUGAUACUCACUUACUCUCAACAGGCCGCACCUAACCUAUACUACCCUUCUUCACGACUUGCCUCUCGUAGAUCCGUUGUGUACUUUCCGCUAUCCACGACACAGAGCAGAGAUCGCCCCAAAUUGCCCUGGCGUUCAUCUUGGUCGAUCUAUUCCCGAUCACGGCGGGCUAUACCCAGACCCACAGACGGCGGAAACCCUUUCUCUUCGACCAGUGCUUGGAUGCAGUAUUGGUCGAAAGAAGAGGAAAGGUUGGCGAGAGCAAUGCGACAUGCUGGCAUCUGUCUCUUCGAGGGCUGGGAGCAAGGUCUUUUAGAUGACAGAAUCGCCAAAGCGAUGUUGUCGGGGUGUAUAGUAGCGACUGUACCUCCUCAAGCUAGUCACGACACAUUUUCACAACUUAUAAUCCCCCUCGAAAAAUCGUCUCCUUUUGAGCUGCCAGUGGAACAGGUCAAGCUCUCACUAUCGUCGACAAGCGAAUCAAAGCUGCAGCAUCUCGCUUUGAAAGCUUUCAUAGCUGCCAGAUAUCAUCUCGUACCUUCCGCAAGAUUGAAUGCUGUGGGGAACGCCGUGAAGAUAUGGGAAGAUGGAGGGAGGGGUUAUGACUUCAAAGGUGGAUUCAGGUGGGACUGCGAGAGUGCAUAUGGUCCUUGGUGUGAAUAG